AUGGUCGGCUCAAUACCAAACGACAUUUUCCAAUUCUCCACCUACGCUGCUCUCAAUGCGGGCUUCAACAAGGGCCAACCGCGAACAGCAGACCUAACAUCGCACGGCACCGAUGGCAUUGGUGUCUAUGAAGACGGUAGUCUGAUGAUCCUAAAAGGCCAACAAGCACAUGCUAUUUCCAGAGACGGAAAAGCGAAACCAGCGCCCAUGGAAGCACGCCUGCCCCUGGCCUUGGUCACUGUAUACGAGCCCAACUUCCGCAUCAAAAUUCCAGCCAUCUCGCUAGACGCGCUUGAGGAACUCACGUCCUCGGACCAAAUGGGCCCGACCAAAGGCGUCAAUACACUCAUGCCAUUCCGCAUCUUCGGCCGUUUCCAGUCGAUUGAGUUUGAGCACGGGCCCAAUCAGAGUGAAAUCGACGGUAUGAUUUUUGGCUUCAUUGUGCCCGAGUGGAUGCGCAGUAUUAGUGGUCCGCGUGUGCACGCGCAUUUUCUGGAUACCAGCGAGGAGGUUGGCGGGAGAGUGGCGGAUUUUCAUAUCGCUGAGGAGGCGCUGUUGGAUUUUGCAAAGUGUGGGAGGUUUCAUUUGGGGUUUCCGCAGGGAGAAGAGUGGGAGAAUAUCAAGUUGUGA